AUGAGCACACAAUUAUCCAAACAUGACUGUACCAUGAGCACACAACCAUCCAAACAUAACUGUACCAUGAGCACACAACCAUCCAAACAUGACAGUACCAUGAGCACACAACCAUCCAAACAUAAUUGUACCAUGAGCACACAAUUAUCCAAACAUGACUGUACCAUGAGCACACAACCAUCCAAACAUGACUGUACCAUGAGCACACAACCAUCCAAACAUGACUGUACCAUGAGCACACAACCAUCCAAACAUGACUGUACCAUGAGCACACAACCAUCCAAACAUGACUGUACCAUGAGCACCCAACCAUCCAAACAUGACUGUACCAUGAGCAUUCACACAACCACACAAAAAGGACUAUACUAUGAGCAUGGAAUUAAAUGA